AUGGCUCGAUAUCUCAACCCGGCCAAAAUCGGCCUUCUCGCCCUCGUAGAGCUCUAUGUUGAAGGCGCCGUGCUGAGUGAUGCUAUCUUACCUGUGCUGUCCUUUGUCACUUCUCAUCUCAUGGACCACACUCCUUCAAAAGCCUCCGCCGACCACUCCGAGAGAUGGAGCAAAGCAGAGCGCACCGUUGGGCUCGUCAUCAGUAUCAAAGAUUUUGAAAAACUCCUCGGAAGCUACCCUUUUCUAAUGGGUAUGCCUGGACGAAGAUUAUGGGACCAGUUCCUCGGCAAGCUUUGGGAUAUCAACUCUUUAGAUGCGCUCCACAACUUCUUUGACAAUUUGUCUGGGAUGCUGGCCAAGACAAAGGAGGAGCGAAAGAGACUGGCUGAAUUGGGCCAGCCUGUAGAAGAGGAGGAAGGCAUCAAACUAUCCCCAAACUCUCCACUUGGAACAUUCGUACGGAGGGCGAGACUUGAAUACCAACGACUACAAUUCCACGACUGUACAGAGUUGUGGAAACACUUUGUACGAUAUCGACAACCAACUGCCUCUUAUCUGAAGCGCAAAAUCCCCGGAUUUGGGCGACUGAGUUUUGACAGCGUUCUUUUGAUGGGUGAACAAGAGGACUGGGAUCACCAGAGUGUCAUGGAAUUGGCGUCAGUGGCUUAUGGCGACAUGCUGACAGGAGACCAGAGCGGGUCACUCCCUGUGAGUACUGACGACAUUGAGAGUCUCCUGGAAUUCCAAAUCGAACAGAUGCAGAAAUUCGGCAACAGAGUACCUCUCGAGAUCCGCCAUCAGUUUCAUGACCUACUCAAUGAUAGUUACCUUGUCCCCAGUCUGACACACUACCUCAAGUUUCUUGACUCAUGGAGAGCUGGAGAUUAUCCUACUGCAUUCGAUUAUCUUCACAGAUACUUCGACUACACGAUGCAGAAUCGAGACCGUUUGUUUUACCAGUACGCUCUGAUGAAUCUUGCUGUUCUGCAAGCCGAUUUUGGCUGCCACAAAGAAGCAGUGGCUGCCAUGCUCGAAACUGUUUCAACAGCACGGGAGAAUCGCGACAUGACAUGUCUCAAUUUUGCCUUGAACUGGCUCUUUCACUUCGGUCGCGCACAUCCCGACCUCGUCCAGAAUUUGGAGUCUAAUAGUAUGCUUGGUACGGGCAUGUGGACGUUGUGGAGCUCGGUUCUGCUCAGCGAAGCCAAACUCGGACUUCUCAACGGUGACAGUGUGGCUACGGCAUUUGAGUCUAUAGUUCGAAGCUCGCACGUCAUAGUCGAGAGGAACAUGAAGAACAUGUUUGGCUCUCAUUUUUCGCUCACCUCGGCUCUGUGGGAUAGACUUGGGUUGUCGACUCUUUCGUCAGCCACUUGCGAGGUCUUCUUGAGAUGCCAUGCCCGCAACGCCAUAUUUGACGAUGAGCUUAAGCUUACUUGCCGCCUUGCUCUUUUGCUGGUAUCGCGUGGUCGUUAUGAUGAAGCAUUAAGAAAAUUGGAACAACUGGAAGAAAACUCUUUACGAUCUUGGAAACCAAGCCAAUACUGGCACAAGUAUCGAGGAAUCACCAAGCUCAAGAGAGACCUAAAUCAUAACAACCUCGAAGGAGCUGAGAGACUGCUGUCUCAGAUUCUGCAGUCUAAGAUGGACGACCUUGAACCUGACAUGGCGUUUUUGGUCGAUACUCUACAUAUUGACUAUCUUACUCGUCGGGGAGACUUGCAAGCAGCUUUUUCCAAGGUCGACGACAUGAUGUCGCAACUCCAAGACGAAAAGAAGGAUGUUGUUCUUCGAGUCAAACUCCUACUACUCAAAGCCUCUCUUCUUGACAAGUGUGGCCGACCGCAGAGAGGUUUCACAACCGCUAUGCGAGCUGCAAGCAUUUCGUGGGGAGCUCGUCUCAUUCCCUGUCUCUGGCAGGCGAUCGGAUUUGUGUCGAACAUUCUUAUUUCGUUAGGAGAAUUCGAGGCCGCUUCUCAACUUUUGCUCGCUAUCAUUCCUCGCUCUUUAGAGUGUGAGACCGCAAGCUUGGCAGCUCAGCUCUACAGCUAUCUCGCUGAUGCUAAUAUGGGACUUGCUGGAAAAUGCGAGCCCAGAUCGUCGAAACGAACGGAAUACCUGACCAAGGCUCUCGCUGCUGUGCAGAAAUCCUUUGAUCAUUACUCAAGUAUCGAAGACAUCAACAUGCAAUGCCAAAUGAUGGCGAAGAAGGCCAUGAUUAUGAAGUUGACGGGGGAUCUAACAUUGGCAGCAGAUUACGCUGCGGCGUACGUAUCACUCAAGAAGACUGCUGAAUCACUCAGCCUCGAAGGGUAA